GCCGACACAUCACUAUUAGCCGCUACAGUGUCAUGCAGAGCACUUUAUCUUUCCUUAUGCUCUGCUCAUAUGAUGAUCAUGUAACUUGGAACUCGUAUAGACAUUUACACACCUUGUUUUCCUGCUCAGCAUCAUAGGAUGUUAGUGUUUCAAUUUUAACCCCUUUACUGUGGUUAUAUAUCCAUUUUCCCCCUUACUGACUGUGUGAGCAGUGCUCAAGUGAGGUGCACCUGAAUGAACCAACAAAUCCAGUUACACACGGCUUACACUAAAACCUCUCUCGUACAACUAUCACUUUAUUUUACACGCCUGAGCACCUCAGAAACGAAACGUUUGUUUUGUCUGCAGUGAUACAGUUUAGACUCGCAUGUUAAGCGACAACGCUGAAGUUUAUUAUCUAAAAUGCAUUGCGCUUUGACUUCCGGCUUGUGGACGGCGAACCAACCAGCUUCGACUCGCGUCGCGUCCACAUGUGAAGUUAACUACUCUGUCUCUGAAGGACACGGAAUGGACUGGUUUUGUCCGCGGUGUCGCACGGAUCAAAUGUCUCGUAGCAUGACUAGAACUCAACUUCUUGUCAUUUUCUGGACACUGAUCCUGACCAUGAUGCUGUACCCAAUGUUGUCAAUGUUGGCUGUUCAGAUGUACACGGCCCUGAGCAGCAGUUACGUCGCUGGACAUCAUUCUGUAUUGCUCAUCAACUGUCCUACUGAGCAAACUGCUAAAGAUAUUGGCAGACACAUUAUGGAGAAAAGGAUGGCAGCAUGUGUCAAUAUUCUCCCCCGCACAUCCACCAUAACCGAAGCAGCACAAACAAAAUUUUUCUACGGCACAAACCAGCACAGAGCACAAACUAUUGAGACCAUUUUGCCAACAUUUUGCAUUAGGUUCUACUGGAAAGGGGAGAUUCAAGAUGCUUCCGAAAUCCUCCUGCUGGUGAGGACCAGAACUUCUAUGAUUCAGCAACUCACUGAUUUUGUAAACGCCAUACAUCCAUACCAAACUCCAGAAAUCCUCAGUUUUCCCAUUCAAGAUGGAAGUCACUCCUACUUGAAAUGGAUAGAUGAUGCAGUUCCUGAUGUAUAACCCAAUCAAUAUUCAUCGCCAAAUGAAAGUACAUUCCUGCUGGUUGGAGAAUGUUCAGAUCUGAUUUUUAUAGGCGGUACUAUAUCCUGGAUAAAUCCUGGAUUUUUGGUCAAGGCAGCAAGGACUGAUCAUAAUUAAUUAAUUAAUUAAGCCACAAGAUGAAUGCCUCACUAAAUGGAUGAGUGGAUGCAGAGUAAUGGUAAAGGUGUUACCAAAUCUUUGUGAGAUCACAGGUUCAAAUCCUGACAAUGUCAUAGCCAUGUGUGGCCAUGAAAGGAAGCUUAAUAGGCUCUGUUCAUUCAAGCAUGCUUAACUGCUCAGUGAUUUUGCAUAAGCAGCAGUUUGAAAAGAUGUGGCAGUUUCAUGUGUUCUUGAAGGAAGCAUAUAAGCAUUUUUCCUCACCAGCUGGGAGAUGUUCUGUAAGAACUACCUAGUGGAAAGGGAUUUACCCUGACUAAAUUGGGAGAAACUUGAAAAUGAGGAGAGGGGAUUAAAGGACAUAGGAUCUUAAUCAGAUAUAUCGAUUACUUCAAGGACCAGAGUUUAUAUGGAAAUAAAUUAAGACCUGCACUUACUUAAAGUGAGCUUGUAAUCAUAGGAGAUAAGUGUGUGGUCAACUUUCUCGUUUAAACUGUAGGUUAACUAGUGUAAACUUUUCUGUUGAGUAGAUCACACUGAAUUAACAAAAGCAUAUACAAAUACAGAGAAACAAACCAAAUGUAACUAGUUAUCCACUAUCCAGCUACCGUUAUCUCUUUAGUUAAAGCAACUUCAUGUUUGGGUAACAGUACAAUUCCAUAGAUACAUCUGAUGGCUGUCAUUCACUAGUUUCCCAAGAGAACAAAUAAAUGUCUUAUCUAUUCAGCAAGAAUAAUGAUCGAAUUUCAUCACUUCCAAAUCCAUUUAUAUAUAUAUAUAU